AUGUCAUACCCAUUAAAGAAAAUAUUAAACUCUUCUGUAUUGAGAAAUCAAAUAUUUCAAUCUGUCAGAGAUAUACAUAAACAAAUUUAUCCUAAUGAUUUACUUUGUUGCAAUUGGUAUGAUGUAGGUUGCUUUCCAGAGAAGUUAAUUAAAUUCGACUAUAUCGAUAGAUUUAAAGCGAUAUUCGAUCAUAUUCAUUCUAGUUCAAAGAAUGAAGAAUCAAAUGACGCAUUAAUUCAGAGUUUUCGAUGUGUAUACUCAUCGGCAUUGGUUAUUGCUUCAAACGUUGGAAAUCUUGAAUUAAUAGAAUAUGUAUUGACAAGACAACCUCAGUAUGGCAACGAUACUCUAUAUCACACGAUGUUUCGCGAUUCAAUUGCAAAUGGAUAUCUAAAUAUGAUGAAAUACCUACAUGACAAAGGAAUCGAUUCCGUUUUCAAAAACAAUGCAUUGGAUGAAGCGGCAUCGCAUGGUCACUUGUCAAUUGUUGAAUUCCUACACUUCAACAGGACAGAAGGUUGCACAAAGAAUGCAUUUAUAUACAGUGCAUUCAAAGGUCAUCUGGAAAUUGUAAAGUUCCUAAAUGCCAAUCGAUCAGAAGAGAGUUCUCCAGAUGCAAUGAAUUAUGCUGCACAAAAAGGUUUCUUGGAUGUUGUUUUAUUCCUUCAUGAGAAUUCUAUUUCUGGUUGCACAUUCGAAGCAUUAGAUGGAGCUGCAUCUGGAGGUCAUCUAUCGAUAGUCAAGUUUCUUCAUUACAAUAGAACAGAAGGAUGUACCAAAGAAGCUAUUAAUCGUGCUUCAAAAAAUGGUCACAAUGACGUCGUUCUAUUCCUCUUGGAGAAUAGAACUGAAGGAUUCACAAGCAAAGCCAUUGAGAAAGCAGCAUACCACGGACACUUGGAUCUUUUGAAACUGCUUCUUAACCAUAAUCCCAAUAACAAAUACUUAAGCACCAAUAUCUACUGUGCUCUUAUUCAUCAACCAAAGGAUAGAAUGGCUAAAGGAACCAGUGGAAUCGAUUACUCUCAGAGUAUCUUGGAUAUGGUCAAAUAUUUUCACGACAAUGGAAUUGGUAGAAGCUCAUAUAUGGCUAUGAAUAUGGCGGCUAAAUAUGAAUUUUUUGAAGUUUUGAAAUUCUUACACUUCAAUAGAGACGAAGGAUGUACCGACGAAGCAUUGUCCAAUGCAGUAAUCAGUGGUAACAUGGAUAUAAUACAAUUCCUUGUUGAAAACGGGAUGGAAUGUUCACCAAAUGUUCUGAGUAUUGCAGCUAAAUAUAAACAAAUAGAAGCAUUCAAGUAUCUUCAUUAUAAACGAAGCGAUCUUACAUGUAAAGCAAAAUCAAUGGAUACAUUUGCAGGACACCCUAAUGUUGAAACAUUGGAAUGGCUAUGGAACAACAGAACUGAAAAGUUCACUUCUGAGGCAUUUCAUUUUGCCAUCAUGGAAAACAGAUUCGCAAACAUCAAGUGGUUGAAAGAAAAACAAGUGGAAAUAUACCCAGAAGCCCUAACUGAUUCAUUCUUUUAUUGUGACAUUGUAACUAUAGAGUAUCUCUAUGAGAGUGGUGUACCUUUCUCAUCUGCCAAUGAUUUAAUAUUGACAUACUCAAUUCUACAGAACAGUAUUCCAAAAAUACAAUUUCUGCUCUCGAAAAAUGUUGAAUGUAGAUAUAAAUCAAUGUUUUAUGCAAUGGCUAGGAAUAAUCUCACGAUGAUCAAGUACCUAUUGGCAUCUGGUAUUCCAACAAAUACUAUGUCUGGAUCGAGCCAAUUCCAACUAUAUCCAGAAAAAAUUGAAUUCAUUAAACAAUUUAAACUUUAA